UGGCAGGUCACAGCAGUGACACCAGGAUCUAUUGCAUGGGCUGCAACAAUGUGUAUGUUUCUACUUUCUCCUGACAAGGAGUUCCCAGGGAAUGGUUGUGGGGCUAUCUCAAAAAUUGAUUACUAUCAAGUGUUCUGUGCAUAUAAACAAGUGCUCAUUAUGAAGUGGACAGACCAUCACAUCCAGAAGAUUGUCAUGGAGAUGAACCACUUUGUGUUUGGGAACCCUGGAGCAGCUGCAAAGUCCAGGACAGGUGCAAUGGAGGACUUUUCUGUGGAGAUCAAUGCUGCU